GGCGGCGCCGCCUUGUGUUCGCCAUACUUGGAACGGCGCAGAGCUCCGCAAGCGCUCACCGGCACCUGAGGACCAGCCCCCCGCAUUCACCGAGACAUGGCCGAGGACGACGUGACACCCGAGCAGCUAGCGGCUAUCGCAGCCGAGAACGAGGAGCAGGAAGCUGUGAACUACAAACCACCGGCUCAGAAGACCCUGCAGGAGAUCCACGAACUGGACAAGGAAGAUGAGAGCCUACGCAAGUACAAGGAAGCCCUGCUUGGCUCUGGCACUGCUGAAGCUGACCCCAGUGUUCCCAACGUCCAGGUGACCCGGCUGACUCUAGUCUGUGACAGCUCCCCCAAUCCCCUCACCCUGGACCUACAAGGAGACCUCGAGGCCUUUAAGAAGCAGUCGUUCAUCCUCAAGGAGGGAGUGGAAUACAGAAUAAAGAUCAGCUUUAAGGUGAACAAGGAGAUUGUUUCGGGCCUCAAGUAUGUGCAGCAGACCUUCAGGAAAGGAGUGAGAAUUGACAAAACGGACUACAUGGUCGGCAGCUACGGCCCACGACCCAACGAGUAUGACUUCCUGACCUCGCUGGAGGAGGCGCCCAAAGGCAUGCUGGCCCGCGGCACCUACAACAUCAAGUCUAAGUUCACCGACGACGACAAGCACGACCACCUCUCCUGGGAGUGGAACCUUAACAUCAAGAAAGACUGGAAAGACUAAAAGAGGCCUUCUGGGGGAAGAAACUAAACCCCGUGCUCUCUCUACCCCAUCCACGCACCCCAAGCCCUGAUUCAUUCUUUGUUCAAUUUGUGUGCAUUCCAUCCGCAUGCCUUAGUUCCCGCCUUGCUGUCUUCUUUCCCCGCCCCUUCCAAACCUCUGUCUGCAUCAGUAGCAGCAGCAGUAGUAGCAGCAGCCACCCCCCCCCCCCCGUCCGUCCAUCACUCCUCUUCCUCCAUUGUCAUUGCUUCCACAAGAGAAACCCUGAUCAGUCACAAUUUGCCAAUCCUACACAAUCUCUAACUCCCCCUUGAGCUAUGCCUGUUGUAGCACCUUCCUCCUCUGCACCCAAGCCUUCUUUUUUUUACUUUGAUUUUGCUGCUUGAAGAGAUUAACCCCACCUUCCACCCCCCCCAAAAUGGUGUCUUCCUCUCUCAGUAAGAAGUACAUGUGGAAAAAGCAACUGUACAAUCAAUUUUUGUUCGCCUUUUUUAUAUAAUUGUAUCAAUGGUUGUGUAACGUGACUGUAUUUCACAUGACUGUUAAUAGUAGCCGGCUUCUGUGGUCACCGCAGACCCCACCGCAUCUGUUUGCUGCCCCUCCCCCCGCCAUAGCACCCCUUAGCUUGCCUACUUGCUUGCUGUCUUUUGAUAUUUUUACCAAUACCUGCCUUGUUGAACAAUUCAGAGCUGCUCGAUGGCACCUUCCUCCCCUCCCUAAAUGUGCUCACCCACUUCUCUUAGAUCGGGGACCGGGGCCAACUGAACUGAAGUGAAAAAGUAAGUUAUACAGGCAGAGAUAUCCGUUCCCCAGCAUAAUUCACCAAGUUCUAGUUUAUUCCAGUUCAGCUAUAGGGGAAUGAAGAACUUCGCAGUAGUUUGCAUGCCUUGCGAGUCUGAAGCGGCGCUUACUAAACCGGUAGUCUGUAUAUCAAGGGCUUGUUCUCGCUACCAACCAGUAACCAUUCUGAGCCCUCUUGGGAGUGGAUGCCCCGCUUAUACAGGUUACUCACAUGCUGCUGCGUGCACACACUCACUGGCCCCCCAGCAAACACCUCUUGCGCAACGCAAGGGACAACAGAAUGUCAGAAAUUAGGACACGCCACUUCAACAAGCUUUACCGGAGGUUCCUCUCUGCUGAGCCCAGCCAGCCAUCCAAAUCACUACUGGUGAAUCUGGGCACUCCUGUGUACCUUUUUCGCCAUGAGGCCUUUGAAGCUGACCAUGGUCAAGUGAGAAAGGGGGAGGGAUUGGGGGGGGGGCUAUGAAUAUUAACAUUUUGUCUGUUUUUUGCCUUAAUUUCCGUCAUUCCCAAGGUCAAGAUUCCCUGAAAAAAAAUACUCCGUCACACUAACCACAUUGCAACUCCGUAGCCUGCUGUCAGAAGACAAGUCAGCGGUGUUGAGUAGAAACACUGGUAUCAUAGAAACUUGGAGUAGAUAAGCCAGGCACCGUCUGCUGCUGGAGACCUCGGCGAUGUCUGGUCUUAUUGGGAAACAGGAGCUGAUGGCAUGGAGGGCAACAAGAGAGCCGUGGUCAGCUCUGCCUUUACCCAAUGACCCCCCCCCCCCCGCCCCCCUUCCAAAAAAAGACGUGAUGUAUUGUAAGUGAAAGAGCAGUUUGCCUUGAGCAAAUGUUAGAACUGCGUGUUAAUGAGGGGUUUUAAAUUGAUCUGCCAAGUGAAACUAAAAUCGUGUACUGUACCAGAACAUAUGGAUGUAAAACAUCUUUUCUUUUUCUUUUUUUUUUCUUUUUUUUUUUUGUUCCUGAUAUUGAAAAUUAUGUGACACUGUUCCAUACAUUCCUUCACAUUGUACAGUUUCUAUGAAAACGCUGGCAUGCUGGUGGGGUUGUAUAUUUGAUCAUUUGUGAUUGCUCUUCUCGGUCAAUAAAGGUUUUGCUCAAC